AUCCAAGUUGAUGACUGUCACUGUCGAUCCAUGAUUGAAUGUGCAUGUGAAUUCAUCUUCAAAUUGGGUCGCAGUGUGGUCAGUACUUUUGUUGAGAACUUAAUUGGUGUAACAUCAAUGGUUCCUACUUGGAAUGUGUUUUCUGAGAAACUCUCAAAAUUUGGCUUCAACUUCCACUCAAUGCUUGUCCCUGAUUUUAUGCACAAGUUUGAGCUUGGCACCUGGAAAGCAACACUAACACACCUUAUCCAUAUUCUUCAUGCAUCUGGGGGUGAUCUCAUUCCAAGAUUCAAUGAAAGGUUCCCUGUCUCCUCCAAACCUAUUCUAAAUGUUUUUACUCAAAAAAAAUCUAGAUUUUGUUUGGUCCCAACAUUUGGCCGAGACACAAUAUGCAAAUUCAGUUGUAAUGUCUCUGAUUUGACAAAACUCACUGCUCGUGACUUCGAAGAUCUUCUCCAGGUAAAAUAUUAA